GCGCGCCACUCUUUACCUGGGUGACCGGGCCGCUUGGUGGUGCAAAUCUGCUCGUUUCUUCUCAUCUCUUCACUCCAGACGCUUAUCCCUUGUAUUCCAAGCUCUUGCGUCCACUAGGCGGGUAAGGCUCCAACCCCCGUCUGGCCACGAGACGACCAACUUGCGAGUGGAACCCCAAAGGCUGCGCUCCCCUUGUCUGGCAACAUUGUUUGGACCGAUGAGCGUGCCUCGUUCCGUGGUACAACGACGACUUGGUUGAAGUCAUGCCUUGGGUGACAAUAAACGGCGAGAGAAAGAAGGUUGCUUGCGGACCAUGUAUCCGAGGUCAUAGAUCAACGACCUGUAACCAUACAGACCGCGUUCUGCUUGAAGUCCGCAAGCCGGGUAGGCCCCUGAGCACCUGCCCUCAUCCAGCGGGAAAGUGCAGCUGUGAGCGGCUUGUCAUCAACUACACUAUCCCCCGAGCGUCGGAAUGUGCCUGUCCAGGAGACGAUGGCGCUUCAACUCCUGUCGUAGAGACUUCUACACCUUCUGUUAGCUCUGCAAACCGAGUUCAGAAGAAAAAUAAAAAAACAACCAACACUCGCAAUCCAGUCACCCUGGAAAAAGCGAUACAGGAUAUCGAGAACCUCGAACAACAGUUUAAGAUCACUCCCACAAAGUCAUGCUGCAGUACGAAGCUGGCCGCAUCGACCCCUGCAAGCAGCAAUGCUGCAUCUCCGCCUUCUACGAAUGGCACGGAUUCGCCUAGGGCCGAUAGUGAUGUUAACCGCGGAAAUGAGACGAAUGGUGGCCCGCCAAAACCGGAUUUGACAUCAGAGGAAAAGCCAUUGCGAGUGCAACUCGAGACCAUAAGAGGGAACUUCACUUCGACAAGCUCGGCAGGCAGCUGGGGUUACGGGGCAUUUGGUGAAAUUCAGAACGCAGCGCCUGUAGUGGAGAAGACCUCAGAAAACAAAGGAAGUUGUUGCAAAGGAAAAGGCAAGACUUCUGCGGAACAACUGCCAGCACCAGAACCCAAGUCAACCUCUAGCUCUUCGGCAUCUAGCGCCGGUGGCAACGGAGCUCCUCAGGCUUCUAAUGGGAUCGGCCUUGGAAUACAAAAUCGACAACAGCCGUUCGGAGUAGGUCAUCAGUAUCCAAACUUCAUGCGCCCAGACCAAUUUGGUACCCAACCACACAACGGACCUUUCACCAACGGCGGAUCUGGUCUGGAUCCCGGUUAUACGACGAUGAAUGCCGGCAUGAAUGGCUACUCAAUUCCCUAUGCUAAUUUACGCCACGAGGGAGUUGGAUCCGGGCGUACAUCUGCUAUUGGCAACGACACCGUUGGUGGAGCUCAGCACGAUUUCAGACACGACUGUACCUGUGGUGACUCUUGUGCCUGUCUAGGAUGUGCGGCACACCCUAGGAACGAUACUACUAUGCGCUACAUCCGCGAAAUCACGGAUUUCAUGGUUCACUCACCGUAUUAUGAUUCUAUGUCAAUGUUAAACCACCAACAAGCGCAGUACCAACCCAGCUAUCCCGUACAAAACUCACCCUCCUCUACCAUACCUGGACAUACCCCUGGAGUCGGCGGUCUUCCAUAUCAUCGAGCCUACUUCAACCCCUCGGGAGUCGGUGUUGGUUACCAGCACGGAGCCUCUGGAGGGUCACUGUGGCAACAGCAACAACCGCCGUCGUCAAACACCUCGUUGCAAGCAACGCCGACUUCUGAAUUACAACAAUUUCACCUCGGAACACAAGAGAACGUACAGCGUAAUGUGGGUCAGCAACCUUACUAUUCUCCUCAGCAGCUGCCUUCGCAGUUCCAGCGAAGAAACACCUGUGAUUCGUAUACAACGACAACACCAUACGAGCAGGCAGCAACUCCACCAAACACUGGGGAUGACACACCGAUACUUUCACCUUCGUCUUUCUUUCUACAACAAUUAGAACUUCCCGGUUGCGACGACCUCACCGGCGCGUGUCGCUGUGGCGACGGAUGCCAAUGUGUCGGCUGCCUCACUCACGGGGGUCAUGAUGGCGUUCCGCUCGAGAGGCCAUCAAGUACCAGAGCUGCCCAUUCUUCUGGCGCAGCUGGUACGGGCUUUGCUCCUGCACCGGCAUAUCCACUACAAUCGCAAGCGCGGUAUGACGCUCCACGUGAUGGCUGCUGUGGUUCAUCCGGAUAAGGACUAUGGGAGAAUGUUAGAAAGUGCGAUAGGCGCAUCGACGAAAAUAAUUUUUCAGCGCUCCAGGAUUGGGCGCAAUCUGGUCCAACAGGAACUGUGAGG